AUGGUUCUAAACGCCGCUGUGCAGAUGUUGAGGGAGGCAGAUGAGCUGAAACUGAAAAUAUCAAAAUUCAAGAGUGGAAUUUCUAUGCUACAAGAAAGAGGUCUUUGGGCCACACAACAACAGCUGCAAAAGGUGUAUCAAAAAGUAUUAGUUUUGGAUCUAGACUAUGCAUUGUAUAAGAAAGUGGAACAGGACUUGUGGAAUGUGGGCUUCAAACAACAGAUUGAAGCCCUCCAGGCUAUUUCAAAAGAUAGAAAGAAUCCCCUUCGCAGUGAGGGUCAGGCUAUGCUGUCAUGGGUGCUACAGGCUGCUGCGGGAUUCUACCUCUGUCUGCUUCACCAGAUCUGCACUACCUUCAAACUGGACUUGCCAUUCAGACGUCGUGCCUCGCUGCUAGGGCUGGUAGAAGGCUGGGGUGCCGGGGAGACGGCGGUGGGCGCGCGCCUGCCGCCGCCGGCGUCCGCGCGGUACAUCUGCCAACACUGCCUCGUACACCUCGGGGACCUCGCGCGGUACAGGCAACAGUUGCGCGUCGCUCACACAUUUUAUAGACACGCGCUGGUGGUGUCUGCGCACUCGGGCCAGCCGUACAACCAGCUGGCGCUGGUGGCGUGGCGGCGCGGGCGGCGGCUGGGCGCGCUGUACUGGCACGUGCGCUCGCUGCUGGUGCGCGCGCCCUUCCCGCCCGCGCCCGCCAACCUCGCGCGCACGCUGCGCGCCGCCGCCGCGCUGCCUGGCAGUGACCCGAAAGACCUGCCAAUGAUCCCUGGCGUGACAGACGGCGCUGCGCAGACGCCGGCCCCGGUCCCCGGCCGACUGGACGCGCACUCAUACGUCAGCGAACUCAUCAGAGCCAUACACUACAUACACACUGUUGAAGAAUUGGACACAGCGUCUGCGCUGGUGGAUUCCCUCAACUCCUCGCUGACUGCACUCAUCGCCACCGAUAGCUUCGAGUCCAUGACUCUCAUCAAGAUGGCGUGUGUGAUGAUCUGGUUGGUCCACUCCAGCACGGACGGUCUGUCCGCGGACAGUGCGGCGCUGAGCGAGGGCGAGGCGCGCGCGGCCGGGCUGGCCUGCUCGCUGGCCAUGUCCAGUCUGCUGGCGCAUCUACUGCCCGCAUACACUGCGCCCGCCCCGCCUGCUACUGCCUUACCUGCGUUAAAAGUGUGGCUGUCGUGGUGCGAGUCCUCGAGCGCGAGCUGGCGCGGUCUGCCGGCGGCGUGGCGCGCGCUGCCCGCGCUGUGGCCGGCGCUGGCACACUCGCUCAACGCGCUGCAGCCCGCCGCCGCGCUGCUCACCGACACCUACGACAGUGUACCUUUACCGGAAGACGAAGAGUUAGCAGGGUUCCUACCGCUGGAGAAUGCGCUAAAAGGGCUCCGGUUUCCAAACCAUGCUGCGUGGGACACGUACGGAGGCCGAGUACCUGAUCUAGAUGAAGAGGCUGAGGAUAGUAGUGCUGACCCGGGCGAGGUGCCGGUGACGUGCCUGUCGGGGUCGCCGGAGCUGGAGCCGCGCGUCCGGGCGCACCGACUGCUGCAGCUCGGGAAGAAACUCGCUAACCAACAUUCCGAACAUCUCUCAUACACUGAGGAAGAUGGUAAGAUAACGUUCACGGCAUCGUCCAUGGGCGGUGAGCAGUUGACCGAAGCCCUAGCAGCACUGCGAGUGGCGGCAGGGGCUGCAACAUCCAACCGGGACUCUGCCCCAGAGCCCGAGGACGAGAGCGACGACGAGCCCACGCAGCCACCGCCACCCAUAGUCAUAUCCGAGGCUGAUUUCCGGGAGAAAGUCCGUGAGAAGCGCGUAGGUAUCCUGAAGCCGCAGGGCUCGCUGGAGCGCGCCAGGGAGGAACGAGCGCUCGCCACGCAGGACGACCAGCUCAUUGAAGCCGACGUAUCAGAGGACAGUAAGUCGGAAGACAAGAAAGAGGCGCGUAAACCGAGGGUCAACAUCGCCAUGGCAGCCAUCAUGAGGAAACAGGAGGAGACCAAUAAACAGGUGAAAUUUGUAACGCCCCCGCCGACACCAGACUCUAUUCCAGACACAGAAUCCAAAGACGACAAGCCCAAAGUAAUACAACCAAAGGCCAUUAAAUCACUCGCCAACUUACCGCUCGGCAGGAAGACUGGCGGCAUACUCUCACUCAAGGACAAGUCUGCUGGGUACCCACACCUCGUACUCAACACAGAACCAGAGCCACCCAAGAAGACAGAGAAAGAAGAGAAGAAAGACAUCAAGCCGAGUCCGUCUAGUCAGAGCUCGCAGAGCUACCAGCAGAAGCGACAGGAACACGCACCCUCGCCCAACUGGAACCCACAGAGCACGUACCCCGACGCACCCAGGAUGAACUUCCAGAAGAACUACGGCAUACAGAACGCGGGCCUCAGCUACAACCCGAGCUACCCGGCGCCCAGUGUCAACAACCAAGGCAUACGACUGCCCGUCGUCAACCCCAAGGAGAUCGACGUGAGGACUGCAGCACUACAGAAACAGAACUCCCGCGCCGAGCUGUUCCAGGAUGGACAGAAGUUCAACCACAACUACCAGAUGUCUGGCGACAAGAAGAACUUCCUGAACGAUCUGCCUCCUCGGUUCGCCAACCAGUACCGGUACUGGCAUAACGCGCAGGAGAACCAGUUCAACGACAACAAGUUCCGCGAUGACAGCUUCAAGCAGAACUCCUUGUUCAAUGGUCAGCAGCCACGCACCUGGACGCAGCCCCCGCAUCCACCGCAGGCAGACGGGUACCAGGCACCCAUGUGGUGGAAGCCCGACCAGACCAAUUUUAACGCCAACUUCCAGCAACAGAUGCAGCCCAACUUCUAUUCGCCGCAACACCUUAACACCAACCUCCCGAAUCCCUACCAGAAUCUGUCGUACAACCAGAUGCCAAAUAACAUUCCUCAGACCAAACAGGAAGGGUUCACUCAGCCAGGAUACAUGCAGUCAGCUAUCGGUCAGCCGCAGCUACAGACGCUGCAGACGCUUGUGACGUCACCCAACUUCAAUUCGUCACUGAACAGUUUCUCGUACGCGCCGGCGGUGGGCUACGACUCCUCCCUGUACCCUCAGUUCUCCAACAAGCUGGGCUACCAGCCACUGCAGAUGAAGAUGGAGAAGCCGCUGGCCUAUCAGGGGAACAAGGAGUUGAUGGACAUGAACGCGCUCAACUUCGGAGGCAACGCACUCGACAUGCAGCAGAGGAACAUCAACUUCAAUGAACCGCUCAACAACGACAUCGGGAAUGUUAAGAAUAUGGAUCAGAUAGGGAGCGGCGAGGGCGCCAGUGGUGCGGCGCCAGGCAGUACGUACUCUCUGUUCAGUGGGGCGCCAGACACCAACGCAUGGGGAUCACCUGCGCACGCGCAACCACCGUCCCUGUGGUCGGGUCCUGGCCCGUCUCCCCUGGAGCGCCUGCUGGAGCAGCAGAAGCAGCUGAAGGCGCCGCAAUGA